GGCUUGACUUGAACAGUAUCUUGUUAUGAGUUGUUAGGACACAAUUGACCAUCUUGUCAUGAUGGAUUCCUACGACAUGCGAUUAGAUCAUUCUUGCUCUCAAUGCUAGUUAGAGAUGGCGGAUAAAUAUCUUGAAUGCAUUCAAUUCAUCCGCAAUGCUUAAAAUAUUGGAACGCAUGUGGCUGCAGUGUCAUAGACUGGCAGUGCAUUCAACUCUAGUAUAAAUAGAGUCAACAACACUCGACAUUCUUCAUCCUAAAACCAUCUCUCUACUCUAACCAUGUCUCACAUUACUUUUGAAGGUGUUCCUUACUUUGUCGAGGGUAAAGAAGGCUCGUCUGUUGGCAUUAUUGUUAUCCAGGAAUGGUGGGGUGUCACUGAUCAUAUCAAGCGCAUCACUGGUCGUUACGCACAGGCUCUUGGUUGUGUUGCCAUCUCUCCUGAUCUGUAUCGCGGCAAGGUUGCUGCUCACUCUGACGAGGCCAAUCAUCUUAUGGGUGCUCUCGAUUGGCCACAGGCAGUCGAGGAUAUUCGAAAUGCUGCCAAGUAUCUGCGAUCAAAGGGUGCCAAGAAAGUUGGUGUCGUUGGCUUCUGCAUGGGUGGUGCUUUGACAAUUGCCUCUGCUGUCAAGAUCCCCGAGGUCGAUGCUGCCUCAUGCUUCUACGGUAUUCCUCCAGUCGCUUUUGCUGACCCGAAAAAUAUUCAGUGCUCCAUGCAAUUCCAUUUUGGUGAGCACGAUGAUGCCAAGGGAUUCAGUGACAAGGAGUCUGCACUUGCUUUGAAAACUACUCUCCAAGCUAGUGGCAAGGACGUGUCCGAGUUCUACAUCUGGGAUGCCGGUCAUGCAUUCAUGAACGAGGAUGCGCCUGCCUACCCAUACAAUGAAGCUGAAUCUAAAAAGGCAUUUGCCAAAUCUGUCGAGUUUUUCAAGAAAAAGCUUGAAUAAAUUCAGUUUUAACAUUGC